UAGGAAGGACCAAGAAACAACCUCAAAUCCCUUUCCUCUGUCCAUUAGAGAUUACCUUCAUCGGAGUCUGAGACCUGCCUUCAUCUUCUCUCUCUAUCUUUCUCUCUCCUCUCAGCGCAACACCUCGUACUGUUUUGGCGGUAAAAGAUGUCGGGGAAAGGGGCGAAGGGGUUGAUCACCGGCAAAACCUCUGCCGCCAACAAAGAUAAGGACAAAAAGAAGCCGAUUUCACGUUCUUCUCGUGCCGGCCUUCAGUUUCCAGUUGGUCGUAUCCACCGGCUAUUGAAGUCUAGGACAACCGCUAAUGGUAGAGUUGGGGCUACAGCUGCUGUUUACUCUGCAGCAAUCUUGGAGUAUCUCACUGCUGAAGUAUUGGAGCUGGCAGGAAAUGCUAGCAAGGAUCUCAAGGUCAAACGUAUCACUCCCCGGCAUUUACAGCUAGCCAUUCGUGGGGAUGAAGAGCUGGAUACCCUGAUAAAAGGAACGAUUGCUGGAGGAGGAGUGAUUCCUCACAUUCACAAGUCUCUUAUCAACAAGUCUUCUAAGGAGUAGAUCCCUAGUGCAUAAUAGCUGCUUCAUGUGAAAUUUCUCUCUACUAAUUGUGUAUUUGUUGCAUGCACUUGAUAAAUCAGUAGGACCUUCUAUUUAAGACUGAGUUGCUGUUGUUGAUCAUGGAGAUAAUGUUUAGUCUUUCUCUUCAUCAAUUUAGUAUGUCUCAAUCACUUCAAAUCUUAAUUGAGGAUAAUCCGGUCUGAUAAUUUGAGUUAUUGUUACUCUA